GAAAUGUGAGACAGAUCGAAACGUGUUGAUUUCUCUGUCAUUCGAUCACUUGGAUUCGGUCUCAGAAAGAAAACAAACGUGCACAGAGAGAGAGAGAGAGAGAGAGAGAGAGAGUCGCCAUUAGAAUACUCGAGUUUAAAAAAAAACAGAGAGAGAGAGAGAGAGACAGAACAGAGGAAUAUAAUAUACAUUGACCUCUCUGUGUAUGGAAAGGGGCAAGCACAUGGCUCUCUCUCCUCUUCUCCGUAAAAUCGCCAGGACUCUCUUCAGAUCUAUUUACUGUUCAUUCUUCUCCUUCUUUCUCUGUUAAUCUCCCAGUGAUCGGAGCCGGUGAAGGUUCUUGAUAAGACCAAGAUUCUGUCUAAAUAAGAAAGCUGUUUGAAUUAGAGUGUGUUUGUGUUCUUGUCUGAAGAGAAACUCUUGAUCAAAAUGGCCUGCGAGAUGGAAAAUGAUCAGACCGAAGAGAUGGACAUCGAAGUCUUGUCAUCCAUGUGGCCAGAAGACGUCGGAACCCAAGCAGACAACCAGUUCAACGUGGAGAAACCCGCGGGAGAUUCAGACACCUUAAAAGAAGUCGACAUCGCCGAGAAACGCACCAUGGCCGAUCUAAAACGCUUACCAGAACUCAUGAACACGACAGACCAAGGCUCCUCUCAGCUAACCAACCUCGUGAAACAAUGGGAGUACAUGCAAGACCACGCGGUUAAGCUACUAAGAGAAGAGCUCAAGAUUCUCACCAAACAAAGAGAAGAAGCCGAAGCCAAAGAGCUAAAGAUCAUAGAAGAGCAUAACUUCGAAAGCCAAGAGCCAGAGAACGUUCCGGUUUUGGAUGAUACGAGCCAUUUGUUCCGAAGGUUUAAGCACAAGAAAAGGGAUGCGUUGGUCGGUAGCAAAAGGGUUGAGAUCGACGAGGAGUUUGACACGGUUCAGUAUUGGAAACAAAAGGCGUUUAGUUUGGAGAAGAUGCUUGAAGCGAGUACCGAGAGAGAGAGGAGGUUGAUUGAGAAGCUGAACGAGAGUUUGAAGACUAUGGAGAGUCACUCUGCACCGGUUGAAGAGUUGACUCAGAAUCUCAAAAGAGCUGAAGGGUUCCUGCAUUUUAUUCUUCAGAAUGCACCUAUUGUUAUGGGACAUCAAGAUAAAGAUCUACGCUACUUGUUCAUCUACAACAAGUUUCCUACCUUGCGAGAACAGGACAUUUUGGGGAAAACGGACGUGGAGAUAUUCCACGGAGGUGGAGUGAAAGAGUCUGAAGAUUUCAAGAGAGAGGUUCUUGAGAAAGGCAAAGCUUCAAAGAGAGAGAUCACAUUUGAGACAGAGUUAUUCGGAUCAAAGACGUUUUUGAUAUACGUUGAGCCUGUUUACAACAAAGCUCGUGAGAAAAUCGGUAUCAACUACAUGGGAAUGGAAGUAACUGAUCAGGUGAGAAAGAGAGAAAAAAUGGCUAAACUUAGAGAAGACAACGCAGUUAGAAAAGCAAUGGAAUCAGAACUGAACAAGACCAUUCACAUUACAGAGGAGACAAUGAGAGCUAAGCAAAUGUUAGCGACAAUGUCUCAUGAGAUAAGAUCACCGUCGUCAGGAGUAGUGGGAAUGGCUGAGAUACUUUCUACUACAAAGUUGGAUAAAGAGCAAAGACAGUUGUUGAAUGUUAUGAUCUCUUCUGGAGAUUUGGUGCUUCAGUUGAUUAAUGAUAUUCUUGAUCUCUCCAAGGUUGAAUCAGGUGUAAUGAGACUAGAAGCUACCAAGUUUAGACCAAGAGAAGUGGUGAAGCAUGUGCUUCAGACAGCUGCUGCGUCUCUGAAGAAAGACUUGACAUUAGAAGGAAACAUUACAGAUGAAGUUCCUAUCGAGGUAGUUGGAGAUGUUCUAAGGAUUCGGCAGAUUCUCACCAACUUGAUCAGCAAUGCUAUUAAGUUUACACAUGAAGGAAAGGUUGGGAUCAAACUCAAAGUGAUAUCUGUACCAUCCUUUGCGAGUGGUAUGGAGUUAAACGCAGACGCUGAAGAACAAAACGGUUUGACUGAGACAGAGACUUCGGUUUGGAUCCGCUGUGACGUUUAUGAUACUGGAAUUGGAAUCCCAGGAAAAGCACUUCCUUGUUUGUUCAAGAAGUACAUGCAAGCAAGCGCUGAUCACGCUCGCAAAUACGGUGGAACAGGUCUCGGUCUCGCCAUUUGUAAACAGCUGGUUGAGCUAAUGGGAGGUCAACUUACUGUGACAAGCCAAGUCAAUGCCGGUUCAACGUUCACGUUCAUACUACCUUACAAAGUUGCAACAUCAGAUGAUCAUUCAGAUGAUCAAGACUUCUCUGACAUGGUUGAUCAUCAUCAACCAGAACCAGACGACACAACCGAAGGAUACUUCCAGUUUAAACCACUUCUUGGUUCUAUCUAUUCUAAUGGCGGACCGGUCAUAGGCAAUAAUAGCUUCUUACCUCAUAAAGUCAUGCUCACUAGCCCUCUUAAACGCAUCAACGGCUUUGUCUCUGAUACCUCUAACAACACUGCACAAAGCGAGACGACUCAGGUUGAAAACAAUGGUUACAUAGAUGAAACAAGACUCGAAACCUGUUCUGGUCCAUGUCCUUCUAAGGAAACAGAAUCUUGUAGUAGUUCACAAGCUAGCUCAGAAGGUGGAGCCUUAGAAAUGGAGUCAGAGCUUACAGUUUCAUCUCGUAGAGAAGAGGAAGAAACAGAGACAACAAAGCCAAAGAUUCUGCUAGUGGAAGAUAAUAAAAUCAACAUCAUGGUUGCUAAGUCUAUGAUGAAACAAUUAGGCUAUACCUUUGAUAUUGCUAAUAAUGGAGUUGAAGCCAUGACAGCUAUUAAAGGCACUAGCUACGACUUGGUACUAAUGGAUGUGUGCAUGCCAGUUCUGGAUGGUUUAAAAGCCACAAGACUGAUACGUUCCUAUGAAGAAUCUGGGAACUGGGAUGCUGCAAUAGAAGCUGGAGUAGAUAUAAAGAUAUCAGAGAAUGAACAAGCUUGUGUGCAUUCCACAAACCGGCUGCCUAUAAUAGCGAUGACAGCAAAUACAUUAGCAGAGAGCUCAGAAGAAUGUUAUGCAAAUGGUAUGGACUCUUUUAUUUCAAAACCUGUAACGUUGCAGAAACUAAAAGAGUGUCUACGACGGUACUUGCAUUGAAAUUUUUCAGAGUUUUUGGUAUAGAUUAAGUGUACGUGUUGUGUAUAAAAGGUGUUAGGAAAAAAGUUUUGGAGAGCUGAGCUAUACAAAGUUAGCUUGCUCUCUUAGAGAUUGUACAGUUUAUCAAUAAAAAAGCUUGUCUUCUUUAUUUAUCUUGAUUUCGGUUGGCUGUAACCAAAGACUCCCAAUGGGAUCUUCAUGUUCACAACGCUGCGAGUUCCAUAUAUAAAACCGGGCCUCAAGAUUAUCCCUGUAGUACAUAAUUAACCAAAACCUCAUAUAAUAGUCAAAUCCAAAUGUAGGAUAACUAUUAUAUGGUUUGGGUUGAUUUUAUGCUAAUUAUAGAAAGUAGAGAGAGCCAGAAUUCGAAAAAGCUAAACCAAUGGCGCAUGUACAGAAUUCGACACGUGACUCACGUGGGCCCCAGACUCCGUCUGUUUGACAAAAACCAUCAGCGGCCUAGUUUGUGUUUCUUGGACUAGAAUUCAAAUUGGGCUUCCAUAGGCCCAUGGUUUCGCGUGUUAAGCCGAGUAAGGACGAGUCUACUCCUACUGCCAAACAGCAGCUUAAACUUUCCAACGAGAGAAGAGUGAGAUUUGGGAUCACAGCAAAAUCAGUCGACAGUAGCUGCUUCUCAAAUCUCAACCAAAUCCGUUCUGAGAUCGAAAGGAAGCUUUGACUAUCGUCUUUGAUGGCGAAGGAGCAAAUCUUGAGGCCUUGGUUUCUGGAUCUCGUACCGGCUUUGGUUAUUUUGCUCGCCGCAGCUCAUGUCAUGGCCUUGGGUUACUGGAUUUACAGAUUGGCGACUGAUCGUCGGGCUCAGAGUCAGAGAGGAAAGUUUCACUGAGGAAAAGAGUAGGUUUCGUAAGCUGCAUAGUUCCCAUAAACUGGCGGGUUUUGGCUUCCGAUCUGAUGUUUGUGAUCGUUGAUUUUGUAGCUUAUGAUGUCGUUAGGUGGAUCAUAUCUGUUUACUAGUUUGUUUUCACCUAUGUUUGUAGCUUCUUUCGACUUUUUAUGCAAUUUGCUGUUUUGAGUUGUUCUAAAUAGAUUUUGUAACACUUUCUCAUUGUUUUGUUUCAUUACACCGUUGAACUUU